ACAUUUCCGCUACAUGCAGAAUCAAUGAUCAAUGAUCAAAACAAAAAUCAGCUGUUAUUAAAUCAAUCUGUCGAAAUAGGAAAUCUGUCUCGAUUCUUGUCGACCGCAACACAAAGUUCGAAUUUCAAUCCUCAAAUCCGUGUCCAGAACCGCACCCGACUCCCGAUGGAAACGCCCCACCACCCGAUGGACUCGCUCCAGCUGCUCCCGAGUGGCGAUCCGUGCCGGUUGUGCUUGAAAAAAUGCGAACAAUCGUACGGGCUGUACGUCAACUCGCCAGACGGGAUGGUGCGCGAGCUGGCCCGCAAGAUUCUGGACUGCAUCGCGCUGGAAAUCACCGACAACGAGCCGGAGGUUUUCUCGAAGUUGGUUUGCAGCGACUGCAUCUACAAGCUGGACUACUUCCACGAGUUUCGCGAGAAUUGCCGCAAGUGUCAGGCGUUUUUCAGCGAAAUGCUCAUGUUCUGCCAGGCGGAAGCGGCCAUUGAGCGCCAGCAGGAAGAGCAACGGCAACAGCACGCCGUUCAUGACGUGCACCAACAACAUCAACAGAUUCUGCCAGAGAUCAGCUUCCAGGGGCACGAUUUCAUGUUGGAUGGGAACACCAACAAAGAAUACGAGUACAUCAUCCAAAGUCUGGAGAAGGAGGACAUUUCCUUUUCCGCCAAUGUGGAGGCUCUGAAGCUGAAACAGGAACUGGAGAUUUCGAUACAGCAAAAUCAACAACAGGACGAGGAAGAGUACAUUCCCAUGGUGGAGCCGUCCGUUCCGGACGGGGUAAUGCCCAGUGAGGAAACGUGCUUCAACAAUCUGGAAGCGAUAGUGGAAUCCAUUGCCCAGCAGAACGCAUCCGUGGGGUAUGCGAUCGCCGAAAAUGUCCCGGACGACGAUCUGGACUAUGACGACUUCGUAGGGAUCGAAACGGUGGAUGACAAUAGAGAUGCUUCUAUUUCAGAGAUUCAAAUUCAGCAAAUAGCCGAAGAACCGCCACUGAAGUAUGAACCCUCGGACGAAAUUGUUCCCCUUCCAUUGGCGUCAGAUGAGCCACCUGUCAAGGCUGAACCAAUAGAACCAGUUGAACCAAUCCCAAUCCCAGUUGAAGAACCACCUCCCUUGCCGCAAGCCCCCAACGAUCGGACCUGUGAUAUUUGCGGGAAAGUUUGCACAACCCGCACAAAGCUAAAGAUCCAUCGCAAUACGCACCUGAACGUGACUCCGUUCGCCUGCCAAUUCGAAGGUUGCCCCAAGGCAUUCAAAUCGAAGAAAGGCCUGGACGAGCACAUGGCCAACCAUACGGGAAACUUCGCGCUCUCCUGUAACAUCUGCGGCAAAGGCUUCCUGAAGCAGAGCAACCUGACCAGUCACCUGAGGACGCACUCCGACGAGAAAACGUUCCGGUGUACCAUUUGCAAGCAGGCCACCUUCAAGACCAAGGCCAAACUGCUCGAUCACCGGAAUCGGCACCUGGGCCUGAAGCCGUUCGAGUGCGGCCAAUGCGGCAAGCAGUUCACCAACCAGUAUCUGCUGCAGCAGCACAAACUCGUGGCGCACACGGGAGUUCGGUUUCCUUGUCCGGAGUGCGAUAAGACGUUCACCAGCGGCAGUUAUUUGAAGGUCCACCAGCGGAUCCACCGUAACGAUCGGCCGUUCGUGUGCGAGGUGUGCAACCGGGGUCACGUGACCCGGCGCGAUCUGGAGGUGCACAUGACGCUGCACACCGGAGAGAAACGGUUCGUUUGUGACGUCUGCGGCAAGGACUUUGCCCGGUUGAUUGCGUUGUCCUUCCACCGGAAGAUUCACGAGGCGCGGAGGGGGAAAACUGAAGGGAUAGCUGAUGACGGUGGCCAGGCGGGACUGGAGGAUGCGCUGGCCGCGAGUUGACGUUGAAUGAAAUGGUUGGAUGUUGCGGGAAGUCAAUGAAAGAGUUGUGGUUUAGAAUU